UCCUAUUUACAGACUUCCUUCGACUUUCACAUGGAGCAGGAGCAGACAAGCAACAAUAAAAACAUGACACUGGAAGAUCUCCUCUCCUUUUCCAACUUCCAGAAACUUUGUGCAAAUGCUUCUGACUAUGGCUAUGGAGGCACUAUCAAUGAUAUGAGAAAAAAAGAGUUCAGCAGGAUUGGAGAUACGAUUUACCUUGACCAUGUUGGCACAGCACUUUUCCCAGAAAGCCUUCUUCAAAAAUUCAUGGCUGAUUUGUCUGAAAAUGUUUAUGGCAAUCCUCAUAGCAGCAACUUAAGCAGUAGACUUACCCAUGAUACAAUUGAACAUGUUCGUUACAGGAUAUUGCAACACUUCAACACAUCCGCUGAUGAUUAUACAGUUAUCUUUACAUCUGGAAGCACUGCAGCACUGAAGCUUGUGGCAGAUAUUUUUCCUUGGACAACUGCAAGCUCAGAUGGUGCAGGCAGCCAUUUCUGUUACCUUACUGAUAAUCACACUUCCGUGGUUGGAAUUAGAGGAGCUAUGAAAAUGUUAAAUAUACCAUCUAUUCCAGUGGCUCCUGAAGACCUGCUGUUGUCAGAGGUUGAAACAAAGACAACUGAAAAUCAGCAUGACAGCACUUCACAUCUCUUUUGUUAUCCUGCACUAAGCAACUAUUCAGGCACCAAGUAUCCACUCUCUUGGAUAGAAAAAAUCAAAUCGGGGAAAAUGAAGCCUGUGUCAGUGCCAGGCAAUUGGAUUGUAUUGUUAGAUGCAGCCUCAUUUGUCAGUACUUCGCCUUUGGAUUUGGCAGUCUAUCAACCGGACUUUGUCACCAUUUCAUUUUACAAGAUCUUCGGUUUUCCAACUGGUUUGGGUGCCUUGAUUGUAUCUAAUCAGAUUGCACAUCUUCUGAGGAAAAAUUAUUUUGGAGGAGGCACAGCAGCAGCCUAUCUUUCAAAGGAAGAUUUUUUUGUUCCUAAGGAAUCAAUCAGCAGCAGAUUUGAAGAUGGCACAGUUUCAUUUCUGGAUAUAAUAGCAGUGAAACAUUGUCUUGACACUCUGCAUAGGCUAACUGGAGGAAUGGAGAAAAUUAGAAAUCAUACUCAUGAAUUGGCAAGCUACACCUACUCUGUGCUGUCUGCUCUACGUUAUGCUAAUGGAGAACCUGUAAUACAAGUCUAUACCAGUACAGGGGUUAGGACUUAUGAUGUGCAGGGUCCGAUCAUUAAUUUUAAUGUGCUGGAUGAAAAUGGAGGCAUAAUCGGCUACUCUCAGGUUGACAAGAUGGCCAGUUUAUAUAAUAUCCAUUUUCGAACAGGCUGUUUCUGCAAUGCUGGUGCCUGCCAGAAAAUGUUGGGAAUUAGCAAUGCUGAAGUAAAGAGUAAUUUGCAGGCUGGACAUAUAUGUGGUGAUAACAUGGACAUCAUUAAUGGUCGACCUACAGGCUCAAUCAGAAUAUCAUUUGGUUUUAUGUCUACAUUUGAAGAUGCUCAAGUAUUUUUAAAUUUUAUUGUAGACACAUUCAUUAAAAAAUCAUCAUAUGGCUCUGCCCAAAUGUUUGAUGUUGAAAAGAUUGCCAGAAUCAGCUUGUUUCAAACAGAAAGCAAUGAAGAACAAAGCAUCAGUGCAAAUGGCAACAUCUCAGAUGUGGGUGUCCCCCAAAAUACUAAAUUUUCCAAAUUUUCUGAAGCAGAGCAUAUUUGUGCCUGUAAAGGAAGAGGAAAUGUGUCUAAAAAUGACAAGCCAAUCACACUCAGUCAUAUCUACCUUUACCCUAUCAAAUCGUGUGGAGCAUUCCAGGUUUCCCAGUGGCCUGUGGUAGAACAAGGUCUACUAUUUGAUCGGAAUUGGAUGGUUGUGAAUGAAAAUGGAGUAUGCCUCAGUCAAAAGCAAGAGCCGAAAUUGUGUCUUAUCCGUCCUUCAAUUGAUCUGAUCAAGAACAUCAUGAUAAUUCACGCACAUGGAAUGUCACCGAUAGAAGUGCCCUUAAAUGAUGAAAACAAAAUGACUGUUCAAAUAUGCCAAAGCAAAGUCUGUGGUGAUAGAGUUCAUACAUAUGACUGUGGGGAUGAAUCUGCAAACUGGCUGUCUAGUUUUCUUGGACGCAAAUGUCGUUUGAUAAGGCAGUCAUCCAUCUUUAGUCGCUUUUCAGGUGCGAAGAAGAAAGGUUUGUUGGAUACAACAUUGCCCUCACUUUCUUUAGUCAAUGAAGCCCAAUACCUUCUUGUCAACACAUCAAGUAUUUUUCAACUAAGUCAGCAAAUUCCAUUAAGUGACCAGGCAGACUACAAAAAAGAAAUUAAUGUGGAUCAGAUGACUCAACGGUUCCGAGCCAACUUGGUCAUUAAUAGCAAUAUACCCUUUCAAGAGGAGGCAUGGGUGGAAGUUUUUAUUGGCAGUUUACAUUUUCAGGUUUCAGGCAAAUGUACCAGAUGCCAAAUCAUUUGUAUUAACCAGUCAACUGGUGAAAAAAGCAGAGAAGUUUUACAGACUUUAUCAUCCAGCAGAGAAGGAAAGACAACGUUCGGAAUGUACCUGCAGAAUUCACCAUGUUCAUCUCACCCAUCUAUGCUGAAAGUUGGCACAGAGGUGUCAUUCACACUAAAAGAGACCCAGCAAUGUGCACAGAGCAAGGAGGAAUCUCUGGAGAAAUAA